GAUUAUGAAUUUGUUGCUACAGCAAUUGAAGUACAUCCUGUUUCCAUGUUUGUCCUUAUUACAAUUAUCUUUACGUAUUUGUUCUAUUGUUGGAGGUAUUUUUGCAACUUCAAGAUUUUUGGAAGCAACAGUCUCUAAAAUGGUUACUCUGCUACAUUUUUAG